AUAUAUAUAUAUAUAUAUAUACACACACACACACACACACACACACAGUGACUCCUCCCCCUCCCUCCUCAGUGCUGCAGUUCUCUUCAGUCAAUGUUUCGCUGCUGCUGUGAACAAGAUUCUGAACUGAUCUGGAUCAGACCACGUCCUGUUUCUGUAGGUUCCGAGGUGCUGAGGUUCUAAGGUUCUAAGGUUCUGUGUGCUGCUGUUGUGUUGGAGUGAAGAGAGAACAUGAGGAGGAGAGGAGGAGAACAGAAGACUGUGACCUGAAGACAGAUGCAGGAUGUCAGCUGAUUGGUCCAUCCUGAAGCUGUCAUCACUGUCUCCACCCACCAGCUCUUUAGCUCCACCCCCUCCCAACACGUCCCAGAACCCGCCUCUCUCAGACUGGGAGGCUCCCAGUUUCACCCGGGCUGCGCAGGUCCGUGUUGGAGCAACCUCGGUCCUCUUCCUGUUCGCGGCCUGCAGUAACCUGGCCCUAUUGGCCAGCGUGUGGCGUGGGCGUGGUCGGCGGCUGGCGUCUCACCUGCGCCCGCUGAUGCUGAGCCUGGCGUUGGCAGACCUGAUGAUGACGUUCGUGGUGAUGCCUCUGGAUGCAGCGUGGAACAUGACGGUGCAGUGGUAUGGAGGAGACGCGCUCUGUAAGCUGCUCUGCUUCCUGAAGCUGUUCGCCAUGCACGCCUCCGCCUUCAUCCUCGUCGUUAUCAGCCUCGACCGCCAGCAUGCCAUCCUGCACCCUCUGGACGCGCUGAGCGCACACUGCAGGAACCGACGCAUGCUUCUGCUGGCCUGGACCCUCAGCCUGCUGCUCGCUUCACCACAGCUCUUGGUCUUCCGGUCCAUCAGGGUGGAGGGUGUAGACUUCGUCCAGUGUGCGACUCACGGUAGUUUCCGUGCUCGUUGGCAGGAGACGCUUUACAACAUGUUUCACUUCACCUCUCUGUUCGUCGUCCCCCUGCUGGUGAUGAGCUGCUGCUACAGCCGCAUCCUGCUGCACAUCCACCAGCAGCACCUGCGGAACAAAGCAGGUGAGUCGUACCUCCGUCGCAGCGGGACCGACGUCAUCCCGAAGGCUCGGAUGAAGACUCUGAAGAUGACGGUGGUCAUCGUUCUGUCCUUCGUCGUGUGCUGGACUCCGUACUACCUGCUGGGGAUCUGGUACUGGUUCCAACCCGACAUGCUGCGCGUCACGCCCGAGUACAUCCACCACGCCCUGUUUGUGUUCGGGAACCUGAACACCUGCUGCGACCCCGUCAUCUACGGCUUCUACACGCCGUCCUUCAGGGCCGACCUUGCCGCCUGCUGCCACCGGACGAGGAGCGGCGCCCACGUCUCGCCACGAUCUCCAGACCGACUGGCCACCGGACAUGGGGGGCUCCAGUGUGACCCCGCCCCCAACAACCAGGCGGGCGUCUGACCCCGCCCCCAACAACCAGGCGGGCGUCUGACUCGCCCCCAACAACCAGGCGGGUGUCUGACCCCGCCCCCAACAACCAGGCAGGGGACUGACACGACCAAUCAGAGGACAGGACCUCACUGACAGACUAAAGUCAUUAAUCAGAGUCUUUGAUUCUUUUUUCGAUCAUCAAUAAUAAUAACUUAUUUGUGAUAUUUAGAUAUUAAUAGACAUUUCAGCAGAAACACAAAGAAAACCUAAUUCGAGUGAUGAGGUUUAAUUGUGUUGUGAUUAUUUUGAUUCAUUAUUAAGAUUCAUGUUGAUUUGCAUCAGGGUUAUGAACAGCCGAGUCAUGUGACGUGUCAUACGUUAGGGAUGAAUGAUUCCUUCAGAGACAUGACCAGUGAACAUCAAACACCCCCGUAUCCCUGACGACCAGCGCUCUGCUCUGAUUGGCUGAAGGUCCGGAUCAGUUCCGACAGACGAACAAGAAGACGAAGACGAAGAGACACUCGGGUUCUACUGGACUUUUAUUUGGUCUCAUGUGUCGACUCAUCAAAACAAAAGACAAAGUUUCUGUUCUGUGUAAAAAGCAGUUUAAAGCUUUGGAUGCUUUUACUUUUUAUGAAACAUUGUAAAUACAUUUUGUAGAGAAAAUAAAUCAUGAACAUUAAAGCAUCA